AUGAAUUUUUUUUACUUCAAAGGAAUCGAAUCUGGAAUAGAAUUGUCCACUAUUGAAAAGUUUCCUGUUAAUGGUUAUUCAUUCUUUACUUGGAUUAAGAUGGACGCAAUGACAUCUUCGAAGGGAUGUAUGGAACAUGGUGGAUAUGUACCACGGUUAUUUUCGUUUUUUACGGAAGCUGGUGAAGGAAUUGAAGCUUAUUUUGAGAACAAUUCCCUCUGUUUUCGAUGUAAGAAAGGCGAUAUUAUAUCAACUGUUACCAUGACAAAUUUCAAAUUCACACAAAAGAGAUGGUAUUUUAUUGCCAUUGUACAUUAUCCAACGAAGAAAGGAUGGACUACAACACCUUCAGAAUUGAAGGUAGUUGUUGAUGGGAACAUUAAAUUCAAAGAUCGUUUGGAAUAUCCAGCGGACUAUAAUUCUCAGUCUUUUAAUAAUUGUGUUAUUGGUGCCUCUCCGGCCAUACAACCGUUGACAAAUUUAGAUGAUAUUUCCUCAAAUGCAUCAUCUUCAGUUCCUAAUAGUGGUUUGCAUAAUUGCUUUCGGGGACAAAUGACAGCUGUGUACAUGCUAAAUGAUGUUCUCACAGACGAACAGAUAG